GUUUCCAACAUCUCCAAUGCUUUCCAAAAACCUAAAAAAUUCCGACUCUCUCUCUCCCAUAUAAAUACCCAAACCCGUCUCCUCCCGAAGCAGCCGACGCAAACCCUCAGCUGCAAUGGGUAUCGAUCUCGUCGCCGGGGGCCGGAGCAAGAAGGCGAGGCGCACCGCUCCCAAAUCCGACGAUGUCUACCUCAAGCUCCUCGUCAAGCUCUACCGGUUCCUGGUGCGGAGAACGGGGAGCAAGUUCAAUGCGGUUAUCCUGAAGCGGCUCUUCAUGAGCAAGAUCAAUAGGCCCCCCAUCUCCCUCAGGAGGCUCGUCAGUUUCAUGAGCGGAAAGGGAGAUAAGAUUGGAGUAAUUGUUGGGACGGUGACAGAUGAUAAGAGGGUGUAUGAGGUGCCGGCCAUGAAGGUGACUGCCCUUAGGUUCACGGAGACGGCAAGGGCGAGGAUUGUUAAUGCUGGUGGGGAGUGCCUGACGUUUGAUCAGCUCGCUCUGCGUGCCCCACUAGGGCAGAACACGGUUCUCUUGAGGGGACCGAAGAAUGCCCGCGAAGCCGUGAAGCACUUUGGCAAGGCGCCUGGGGUGCCGCACAGCCACACGAAGCCCUAUGUCCGCGCCAAAGGCAGGAAGUUUGAGAAGGCCAGAGGUAGACGGAACAGCCGUGGAUUUAGGGUCUAAAAGGCCAUUACAUCCUCGCUCUUUCUCCAGAAAUUAUCCUAAACAAUUACCGUGUGAGCGCUUAUUCUCCUCUCUACUUUUUGUAGUCUCUUUACAUCACAUCUGGAUUGUAGAAGUGUUUGGGAAGUUUUGAUCAUCUAGCUAUUCCUUGUGAUUGCACUGGUUAUUUCAUGAUUGGUAAUGUUUUAAAAAAAAAUAUAUGAGAAAUUUGGACUCAAAAUGGAAUUU